UACCAGCCAUUUACUCAAAUUUUGUUUUGGUCUUCGAUCGGCACACGGACCAUGUAUGUGAUGUUUGCCGCUCAUCGACGGAUAUUUUACCAUUUCUCACUGGCUCCUAGUAACAGACGUAGUGAAGCACACCUGGAUUAAGCCCUGUGUAUUUUAGAUCGGUCAAGUUGAAUAUGGAUGAGUCUGGCCUCAUCUAUGGAACUAAUUGCCUUGAAAAUGAUAUUCAACCACAGAAAGAACAACUUCUUUUCCAAUAUGACCCUGCAGACGUGCCUUCUGAAAUGGCAGGUGUCAUGUCCUCCAUUAAGAAUCUUGCAGAGAAGAUGUUAUUUCAUUGGCGAGAAUUCCCAAUUGUUCUUCCUGCCUCUAUCACAGACAAUGAUGCAGAACAAACAAAUGCUGCCAAUGGAGAUGCUAACAAGGAACAGCCUGAAAAAGUUACAUUUCGAGAUGUUUUCAUUGCACCUACCUUUGAUGAAUUGGAAGAGGUAGCACGACUUCCUAAUGGGGUGCAGAAAAAACUAAAUGAAAAACAGCUUUACUGUAUUUGGGAUAAUGGGGAAUUUGAAGUAGACAGUAUUCAUUUUCCUGGCCAAACACAUAAAUGGCAUCUUAGUCAACUGCUGCAGAAAGGUUCAAAACGAUCCCAUGAAACACUUCUUGAUGACACAGCGUUAGCAUUAAGAAUUCUGCUGAUUACAGCUCGGAACCGAUUCCAUUCACAUUUCUUCAGUUUAUCAGAAGGGAUAAAAAGCUGGGCUCGAGGUUUAUGGAAAAUAUUUGAUAUCAUUAUUGGCAUGCCUUCAACGACCCCUGGUGAUUUAUGUGGAAAACUUAGGGAAGAGCAUAUGCGGUACUUAGUUGCUGAACUUGAUAUUAGGCAACACAGCCGUAAAGAAUUUAAUCGUUUUUGUGAAUACGUCAAAGAAAAAUGCAAGAUGUUAAGAACAGAGAAGCACAAGACUGCUGACCUCAGACCACCACCUAUACCUUAUUAUUAUCAAACUCCACAGGGUCUGCAUAUAGACCUAAGGCUUUUUAACAAAGAUUUAAUUAAUAACUGCUUACCAAUUUUGAGUAAUAUAGUUGAUAAAGAAUCAAAAAGUUGGCACAUUCAGUACCGUCAAAAAUUAGUCCGUGAACUCAAAGCUAAAGGAUUGUCUGAUACACAGAUUAAUGAGGAAGUCAAUAUCGCUGUAAUGGCAGAAUACCUGCAGCGAGUUUAUCGAGCUGUGUUGAAUAAUGUAGAAUUGGAGAACUUACAACAUGGAAUAGGACAACUUUUAGUCGCCCAGGCCCAGUCAGUGCUUGCCAUGCAGAAGGCAGUGCAGAAGAUCCAACAAAAGAUGGUUGAACACAAAGAUAAGUUAAUGGAACAUUUAAAAGUUAAAUACCCAGUGAAAUCUCGAAUCCCAGCCUGGAAAAAUGAGCAAUUGGAACGUUUUGAAGAAGAAUUCAUUAAUCAAAAUCUGUGGUCAGCCCAUGAUAUUGCGGUUAGUCUUUGUGAGGAACAAGAUCUAAAACAAGCAGUUUACUUUCUGCGAAGGGACCUCAACUUUAUCAAGGAGAGAGAACCAAUUCUACGCAAGGAACUUGGCAAGGUUAAAGUACCAACAAGGGUUUUCACAUUUGCAACCAAGAUUUGGUUCCCUCAACACUGGCUUGUUGUAAGACAGUUUAGAGGAGAUACAGAAGUCGUGCCAACUAUUAUUAUGAACAGGGUGCUUUCAACUGGACCAGCUGGCAAAAAGGAGAUUGAUACAUACACAGUUGACAAAUAUAUGCGCCGGAAGACCAGCACUCGUUAUCCUAUGUGGAGGUGGUGGAAUUAUGUACAUAGGACAUGGGCCUGGAUGUGGAACUCUAUGUUUUUUUUCUUGGUUGUAAUCCCUUUAUUUAGUCCUGUUAGUUUUCGAGCUUUGUUUUGUGUUCAUCCAUUCAAGCCAGACUUGGAACUCAGUCAAGUUGAUGGUGUUUUAUAUCCAAAAGAAUCUUAUGUUGUACAUACACUGAUAUCCCGUUUACGACUGCUGUGGCAAAAUGUGCAUAAAUCAAGAGCAGAUUUCGAGGCGGCUCCUCAUGCAGGCUUCUUGGGAAAAAGUUUUACCCGUCAUUUAAAUCGUUUCUGGAACUUUGUAUUGAAAGGCGGUCUUGGGAGUUUCUUAUUAGUCUUAGUGUUCCCUUUGCUAUGCAUAGUUACAUCAGGACUCUCAGUCAUUAUGGCACUUACAGCACCAGUUUGGAUGCCUGUUGUAACACUAUUGGCUCACAUAGGAUUUUUCCUGGUCUACGAUAUUGAUUGCCCUGAGCUGUCUGGUAACAAAAUUCUUGUUCUGAUGGAAGCCAUUCUGUGGCACAUUGUCCUGCAGGGUUGCAUUCAGCCUGUAACGGCACUUAUAUUUGGUGUCAUACUCUGUCCCUUGGCAGCAUUUUUUUGUCUUCUUUUCGGCACACUGCGUCGGGCUUUUCGUGGUUUAUGGGACAGUGUUAUGUUUCAUACAGUGAUAAAAAGCCGAGGAAGGAUACCAGCCAGUGAUGGUUUCAUUGCUCGGAGGGUUGCUGGACCUGGGCUUGCAUCCAAUUAUUUUUUUCAAAUUAAACCUGAACAGUCUUUGGCUGCCAUUGAAGCCAAACUGGAGUUUGAUGAGCUAGAAGCUUGGAAAAAUAAUGUUUUGAAAGUCAUAGAAUAUCCUGAAGAAGAAUACAGAAAAUUUGUCAAGCAGUGUUUCAAGCCAUUCUCCGCAGAUAUAUGUGAUGAUGGAGUCUACAAGAAAUUGUGUUCAGAAACAACACAAUACAAAGCUGAUUUAACAAAUAAAGUAGAGCUGAGAAAAAGACGGUUGAGUACUGGGCUGUAUCCCGAUCUGCAGAGACGCAUCAAGCUUCCAGAAGCUUCUCUAAAAAAAGCCAUUAUCCAAGCUGCAACAAUGUUAAAAGAAUUCUAUCCAUACCAUGUUCUUCGACGUUUGCCAAUAUCUGAGCAAGAAUUCUGGGAAAAACAACAGCUGGAGGUAAAUGAUUGGAAAGGUUUAGCUUGCAAGAAACUCACAGAAAUUUUUUCCAAAAAUUUCCUGGUUCCUUUAGAAGAAACUGAUAACCAUUUUGAACUAAAGGUGGAACACCUCAACUUUGAACGAUAUACAGACAUGCUUAAAUAUGCUGAGUUUCAUGAUGACUUGGAUGAAAUCACCCAAAUGCACAUUCCUGCUGCUGAUGUGAGUAUACGGCCUCCCUUUUUGGAUUGUGGAAUCUUUAACCCCAAUCAACAUUUAAUUCCAACAGCCCGGUGGGAUACUCCCAGAGAAAAGAUGUGCCCUUGGAAAAAAGACCAUACGCCUCAUGUGUUUGAUAAACUACAAAUACCUCUUCCAAUUCCACAUCCGGCAAGCAUUGCUUUAGCUAUCUAUAACAGGGAAAAUGAUCAAUAUCCAAUUAACUUUGAAGAUCUCUAUUGUCAGAGAAUUAUCAAAGCUACUAAAGAAGUCCCUUAUGUUGAUGUUGGGCACCUAUCGUCUCCAGAACUUUUUGAGCUUGAACCCAGCACACCAGAUAUCGGCACCUUUGGGGAGCCAAUCAACUUAUUAUCCCACCUAGCCCAACAAGAAGCUUCUUACUUCUCUGAUGAUAAUGUAGGGGGUGUUACUGGAACCAGCAGUCCUGCUCUAGAUAGUAAUAUGACCAAUUCAGUACAAAACAGUUCUGUUGAUGAACCAGACAAAGAUGAUGCUGUUGAAGGUCAUAUUGUCUAUGAAGAGAAUGAGAGAGACAGUAGCUGUAUUAUUGAAUUAAGGGAAAUUGCAAAUGGAUGAAAUUUCAUCAUUUUAGUGCUUCUUUAUAAUAUAUAUUAUGUAACAUUAUGGUCAACUGAUUGUUUUAUUGCGCGUGUGUGUGUAAUUAUGUAUACAAAAAUCUAUUAAAAAUGGUAUUCACCAGGAUGGAUGAACUAAAAUCAUUCACUGUCUCAAAUUGUCAGAUAUAUGAAAUCUACUGGUUUCUUUAAAUAUCACCAGCAUUUCUUUAUCUUAUUUUUAACAUUGUCUGUAUAUUUGCUCAGGUCUCUCUUAUGUGUUUGACUCUGGUUCAGCUGUAUGUCUUACAUAAAUGUUAUGAUAUAUUUUAUCCAUUUAAUGAACAAUAUCGUUCUUGUAUAGUACUUAUGUAAGAAAAAGAAAAGGAAAAAGAAUGCAGGAAUCUCAUGCCCGUUCAUCAUUAUAUGAGAUACUUUUUAAAAAAUGUCUAUUUGAAACCUGUAUCAUAUCAGGUUAUCUUUUAAACUACAAAACUUGUUUACCUGAACUGGUAAAAUUAGUAUCAUUUGAGGAGUACUGUGGUUUUUGUUUGUUUGUUGUUUUUUUGUUUUUUUUUGUUUUUUUUUUCUGUUUCAAAAUGUUUCAUGUUUCCCAAAAUGUUAGAAAAGUUACAUUAGUAUUUCAUACCUAGUUCUGUUGUUUGUCUCUGUGUUGGUUUCCCUGACCCAUUAUAAUUGAGAUGAUAUCAAAUUUUAAAAAAAAAAAACACACCUACUUCAAACACUUUCAAAGUAAUAUGAGGUUUAGUUAUGUGUGGUCCUCCCAUUGUAAAAAUAGUUUGAAGGGUAAAGAAAAAGAAAAAGAAAACCUACAAGAAACAAAUGAAAGGAAAUGGGUGUUAUGCACCAGUCUUAUGAACCUUUGAAACUUAAGUUACAGUUGUUUGAAUCUCUUAUAGACUGUGCAAUAUAUUUUUAAAAUUUAGUAACUUUCUAGUUAAAUGUGUGGCAUGAAAUUUAUUGUCAUCAAUAAACUAGUUUAACUACCAGUAGUAUAGACAUGGACUUUUAAAUAUUGUCAUUGAUAGUAUAAAAAUGUUUUUCAUGAUUUGCUACAUCUUGUGAAGCUUUGAUAAAUAUUAUGAAUAAUAAUAAUAACAAUAAUAGUUAUAAUAACUUUUUGAAUAACUCCAAAUCAAAUAGAAUGGGUUUUUUUUUUUUGUCUCUCUUGCUUAUGAACCAAAAGUCACAGUCCAGUGACUAAAAGACAUGAAAUUCAUAUUAUCACUUGAGUUUAUUCAUUUAUUUAGUUUUAACAAGAAUAAUUAUUAUUUAUAUUCUGUAAAUUUAAUCUAGGAAGAAUUCUUGUUUUUAAUCUAUAUAUAUAUAUAAAGUUUUAGCUUCUUUUUUUUUCGCAAAUAAAAUGUAUGAUUUUUUUUUUUUUUUUUUUGGUUGGGGUGGGGAUUAUAUGUGCAUUACUGUUUCAUUUAAUUCUAAUGAUUUACACAGUUAACAAAUAAUUCAAAAUAAUCUAGCAAACAUCCUUUAAUUCUUGAAAUCAUAUCUUGAAAUUUUGUAUUGUUAAUUGCUUAGUUAACAAUUGCCAUAAAAAUUGUGUCUAUCAUAUUCCUUGUAAAUGUUGUAAAAUGAUAUGUAUCUAUACAUAUAUGUGUGUAUGUGUCACAGGAAUUUUAUUGUUAAAUGGUGUUUUGCCAUUAUACCUGUAAGUGUUGCAAAUAUAUAUAUGUAUAUGUGUGUGUGUGUAUCCCUCUACACCUCUUGUAAAUGUUAAAAAAAAGGUGUCUUACAUGAUGGAUUGUUAUAACAGCUUCUAUAAAACUGUAUCUUUUGUCAUGUGUAAUUGUUACAGCAAAUUAGUGUUUAUGGUAUCUUUUCUCAGAUACAAGUAAGUUUAGAUAUGGAAUUGUAUUAUGGCACACCUUUUAACCAUUGCAGCAGGAAGGUGUUAACGCCAUGUCAAUUAUUUUGCUAUUAUCUACUAAAUUGAUUAAUAAGGAUUGACACAAUUUCAGUCAGUCAAGCUUUUAGAAGAUACAUUUACAUAAUUCUUACGUAGGUUAUAUCUUAAAGUUUAGAAUGACAAUUUUCAGUACUUAACAGUUCUUUCACUACUUUCCUCUUUCAGUUUAAAGAAAUAAGCCAGUUGGCUGUGAUAAUCAAUAUAGAAUUAUGUGAAUAUAAUGUGAAGCUCAAUAGUUAAGAUAGAAUUAUUUUGCGGUGUUAGAGAUAAGAGGUACAUACACAUUAACUCUAGAAUCUGGGAUCAUAAACGUUUCUAGUAAUAACUUUCAUAAAUGUCAUAAGCUUCAAAUGUAUUAUUUCAGGUGAAACACAUUUUUGACAGUUAUGUUGCUUUAUAUUUCCAAGUAAUUUGCUCAAUAUUUAAUGGUACCAUAUUUUUAGCAAAUUAUCUUCUAAUUCUGUAAAUAUUUAACCCAAGCUUCUUCAUAUAUAUAUAUAUAUAUAUAUAUAUAUAUAUAUAUAUAUAUAUAAUCAUUAUUUUAUGUAAAAGUGUGGUGCUUGUGUGAUCAGUUCAUUAUGGUUAAUUAAUAAAGUUUGGAUUUACAUUGAUGCUCCAAACUAGAGUUUGAUCACCUGCUUUGACAUAUAUCUCAAAACAACUGAUCAAGGUUUCUUCUUGCCUAUUAACACUGCACUGUUAGAUGCAGUGAUUUACACUGCUAGCCACUGCAUCUAACAUGUAUUUGGUUGUGAAAGUAAGUUAUAACAAAUACAUCUAAAUAAUUUGCAAUUGUGUUAUGUUCCUUUAAGUGUUAACGAAUUAUUCACUGAAUCCUUUGUAUACUCAGCAAACUUUUAAAAAUGGAAGCUUCUUGCAUCAGAACGUGGAAUAUUUUUUGAUUAAUGACAAGGUACAAUCGAUUUCAUACUGGAAUAAAGUAAUCAUUUUGUGACUAUGUCCACUGAAAAUGUCAUUUAAUUACUUUUUUGACAAUGAAUAAUUAAAACUAAAGGUCACUUCUGACAACAUAAUAUAAUUAUUACAGCUCUUAUACGUAGGAUGUUUUAAAAAUGAAAAUAUUCAGAAGAGAGAAGAAUUUAAUGAAAUUAACUCUAUUUAUAUUUCUUAAAAUUUUGCUAAUUAUAAUAGUGUAUUAUGAAAAUAACAAUAGAACACUUAUAAUUUAAUUGGUAUUAGGUAAGAUAUUAUGCCAUCUUAAUAUGAUUGUAAACAAUCACGUUGGUUGACUAUACAAAACCUAUAAAUUCAUCAGAAAUUCACAAUAAAAAUUAAUCUGAAUAUAAAUAUUAAAACCUUUAAAAACAGCAGAAUAAAGGUUCAUAAUUAUUUUUCAACCCAUUUCAUGAUGUGAUAUUUAUAUUGACUAGGAAUUGAAUAAGGUAAAAUAAAUAUGAUACUGUAAUUUACUCUAUAAAGCCAAGACCAACUUUAGAAUAUUUCUAAGUUAGAAUUAUUAUUAUUAAAAUUCAUGAAAAAUAAAUUGAAAAUUAAAUAACUAUCAGAUAGAUAUUUCAUGUUUUUUCUCCAGUGACAAAAUAUAUUCAAAUCUGUUUCUCUCUGAAAUUGCAGACUUUGUCUUGUUUCAGUGGUAGUUUGAAAUCAUUCCAGUAAAUGCUUAUAACAGAAAUAACAACAAUUUCAAAUUUACUAGAGCAAAGAAAAAUUAUCAAAAUUUGAAACGAUAUUAUUCAGUGUUUCACAAUUUGCCAUCGUUAUUUUCACAUGUCCUUUUUAACCCCAUUCUGCAAACAUUAAGUUCCUGCAUGUCAUGCAGUCAUGUUAUAGAAAGGAUAUUCCACCCACAUCUCAAUAUGCUCUGUAGUUUUGUGAACAUCUUUUCUUAAAGCCUCUCUGUAUAGCCAACUAUGUUUAUAAAGUUAUCAUUGUCCAAUAGUUAGCUAUCUAAAAGUUUUUAUGCCCUAUAUAUUAACCAUCUUGUCUGAAUACAUUGAAAUCAUUGGAGGGUAUUCAAAUGAAACCUUUAUAUCAUUGUGAUGUCUUUUUCAAAAAACAAAAAACUAAAAUAAAAAAAAUUCAUUUAUAUAAAUUUUAAGAAGUCUAUCUUUGAUUGCAAAAACCUGUGUUUUUUUACUAAAAUGAUCCUACUGAUUAUUCUUUCUUUGUAAAUUUUUCUUUCUUUUUUAAAACAUGUAACCAAUUUUUACAUUCAUUUUUCUUUUAUAUUUUCUUUUUCUUUUCCUCUCUUACCAUGUUGUUUGUGAUGUACAAAGUUUUUGCAAAAUGUCAUAUUUAUAUGCAAAAGUGUAACAUCAUGCAGUGUUGUAUAUUUUUGUGUCUUUGGAACAUUACUAAGAACAAAGUCUAGUAAAUCAUCCCUCAGCAACAGAGCUGAACCAUUGACACAUCUUGCUUCAAUGGUUGAUAGAUAUAUCUGCACUUUCAGAGAAACAUUCAAAUAGUUAUAAGGUAUUUUAAAAAAGAAAAAAAGAUAAAAUAAAAAGAACUAAAAGUCAAAAUUUAAAAAAAAAGAGGUAAACAAAAGAAAGAAACCCCCUAUAAUUUCUCUCAAGGUAUCAAGAUUAAAUGUCCGCUACUGUGGCCUAUUCACUGUGUCUGUAGUCUAUUUUUUUAUCUGAUUGAACUGUGAUGAAAUUAUGCAACAGCAGAUUGGUGGUGAAAGACUUGCACAAUAAAAAAACAGUAACUGUUCUGAAAUUCAGCUGUUCCUGUAUUAUGAAUUGAUUUUCUACUCGCCCCCUCCUUUUCCUGCCCAUUUAUCUAUAUUCUUUCCUCACUCACCAUUUACAGUUUUAUUCCCUCCCUCACUUUUUGACUUUUGCAGAGUUUUGUAUUUUUUAUUUCUCGACAUCAGUAAACACAAACACACACAUACAGAUGCAUACAUAACCUAACAUAACACACAUAUCAUUAUAUCCUUUGUAUCCUUUAUUAAAAAAAAGAAUGUUUUGGUUUUUGUUUGUUUGUUUGUUUGUUUUUUUUGUUUUUUUUUUAUUAAUAAACUCAUAACUAUGUUUGUAUUAAUAUGCUGGAAAAUUGUUUUUAUUUGGGGUUUUUUUUUAAAGUUUUUACUGAAAGUGCAUGUGUGCAUGCAUGUGCAUAUCACAUAAUAAAAUUCUGAAGUUUUCAUUCUCCAGGAGGAGCUCUAGUUAAGAGAUGUCACCACUUAUCAUCAAAACAUGUUUUUUUUGCAUCUGCUUCUUCCUCUCUUUCAUUCAUUCCAACUUUCAUUUUUGUUGUUCCAAUUUUUAAAAAAAAAACUUUAUUUCCACUGUAAAUGAAAAAUCUCAUGAAAUUCUCCUGUGGUCUCUUCACUAGACCUCCAGAAAAUUCAUUUCCCUCUUCCCAACCAUUUCACCACAAUAAAGCUUCUAUCAACAAAGGAAAGAGUAAGAGAGUAAAAGCAAUUUAUUUUGCUUUGUUUAUGUAUUGGACAAAUGACUGAGCUCAUAUGUAGAGAGAGAGCUAAGUUUAGCUUAUUUCAGUGGUGUUCAGAAGUCAAAAUAUUCCCAACAUUUAAAAAAAGAAGAAAAAAUAAACCAAUAAAGAAAUAUAACAACUAA